CCCGGGGGAUUAACGUGAGGUGGGCGCGUCGCGGGCCGCCAUUUCUCCGCGUCUCCUGAGGAGCUGCCCCCCGCAGCCUCGCUCGGGCCGUCUCCGGUCGGGUCGCCGGCGCCCCGCGCCCCCUUCGUCGCCGCACUGCCGCCCCCAGCCCAGAGACAAAAAUGCUGAGUUUCUUGCGUAGAACGCUUGGGCGUCGGUCAAUGCGUAAACAUGCUGAGAAGGAACGACUCCGAGAAGCUCAGCGAGCUGCCACCCACAUUCCUGCAGCUGGAGAUUCGAAGUCCAUCAUCACGUGUCGGGUGUCCCUCCUGGAUGGGACUGAUGUCAGUGUGGACUUGCCGAAAAAAGCCAAAGGACAAGAGCUGUUUGAUCAGAUUAUGUACCACUUGGACCUAAUUGAAAGUGACUAUUUUGGACUGAGAUUUAUGGAUUCCGCACAAGUAGCACAUUGGUUGGAUGGUACAAAAAGCAUCAAAAAGCAAGUAAAAAUUGGCUCACCCUAUUGUCUGCAUCUUCGAGUUAAAUUUUAUUCCUCAGAACCAAAUAAUCUUCGUGAAGAACUAACCCGGUAUUUAUUUGUUCUUCAGUUAAAACAAGAUAUUCUCAGUGGAAAAUUAGAGUGUCCUUUUGAUACAGCAGUUCAGUUGGCAGCUUAUAAUCUGCAAGCUGAACUUGGUGACUAUGAUCUUGCUGAGCACAGUCCUGAACUUGUAUCUGAGUUCAGGUUCGUGCCCAUUCAGACUGAAGAGAUGGAGCUGGCUAUUUUUGAGAAAUGGAAGGAAUGCAGAAGUCAGACACCAGCACAAGCUGAAACCAAUUAUCUGAAUAAAGCCAAAUGGCUAGAAAUGUAUGGGGUUGAUAUGCAUGUGGUCAAGGCUAGAGAUGGGAAUGACUAUAGCUUGGGACUAACCCCAACAGGAGUCCUUGUUUUUGAAGGAGAGACCAAAAUUGGCUUAUUUUUUUGGCCCAAGAUAACCAGAUUGGAUUUUAAGAAGAAUAAAUUAACCCUGGUGGUUGUAGAAGAUGAUGAUCAGGGCAAAGAGCAGGAGCAUACAUUUGUCUUUAGACUGGAUCAUCCCAAAGCGUGCAAACAUUUAUGGAAGUGUGCUGUGGAGCACCAUGCCUUCUUCCGCCUCCGAGGCCCCGUCCAGAAGGGUUCCCAUCGAUCGGGAUUUAUUCGACUAGGAUCACGAUUUAGAUAUAGUGGGAAAACUGAGUAUCAGACCACAAAAACCAAUAAAGCAAGAAGAUCAACAUCCUUUGAAAGAAGACCCAGCAAACGAUAUUCUCGACGAACUCUACAAAUGAAAGCAAGUACAGCAAAACCUGAAGAACUCAGUGUCCAUAAUAGUGUUUCAACUCAAAGUAAUGGCUCCCAACAGGCUUGGGGAGUGAGAUCUGCUCUGCCUGUGAACCCUUCCAUUCCCUCUGGUCCUGUGCUGGUGGAGGUAGAGAAUCUUCCCAGGAGUACUGGAACAGACCAGCGUGACAGGAAAUGCUUGGCUCUGAAUAUUGAUUUGCUAGAUAGUCCAGACUUAUUGGAAACAACCAUUGAUGAUGUAAUUGGGGCACCCGACCCUAUGGAGACGUCCCAAGCGCCAGAUGAUAUUAACAUAGCCGCUGGGCAAACUGGAUUAGAGGAACCCGAAGUUGAAUGUGGGACAUUAAAAGAUGCCUCAGAGAAGCUCAAACACCUUGAGAUGGAAAACAGUCCAUUGCUGUCCUCUCGUCCCAACAUUGAUGUUAAUAUCAACAACCAGGAGGAAGUGGUGAAGUUGACUGAGAAAUAUCUUAAUAAUGCCAUUGAGAGCCCAGGAUUGAAUGUCAGGAGACUUCCUCCUGACUUGAAGAGUAACAUUUUGAAGGCUCAAGUAGAAGCAGUGCACAAGGUUACAAGAGAAGGUAGCUUAUUAAGUCAUAAAAAUGCCAAAGGUCAGGAUGCUGCCACCAACAGUGCUGUAUUCAAUGAGAGUAAUGUGCCCCUCCUUGAAGAUUCUCUUGCUCUGAUGCAUACCACACCUGCAGAGAAUGGUUCUGUUCUAAAGGAUGCUACAGAUGAAUUGGAUGCCUUGCUUUUAUCUCUAACUGAGAAUCUAAUUGAGCACACAGUCACACCUCAGGUAUCUUCAGCCUCCAUGAUCAUACCCCGGUGGAUUGUGCCACAGAGCACAGUCCUUCCUGAUGGACUUGUGGGAAAGGGACCGUCCUUGGCAGGGAAGGAGGGACGUGGUGACAGAGAGGUGGUCUCGCUGGUCUCUCCCCCGGCACCGUUCUUGGUGGACGCUGUGACCAGCCCUGCUCCAACCUUGGCCGAAGAAGCCGUCUUGAAGCAGAAGUGUUUACUGACGACUGAGCUCUAAGGGAUGGCCUCUUGGCCACCUGUAACUGGAAUGCCUAGCGCUCUCCAGCAGUCCGUCCUGGAAUCAGGUUCCACUGGAAUAUGUUGGAUUCAGGAGCUUGUCUGUUACUUGUGGGUAAAAACGUUCACCUACAUUUGACUUCAACUCCAUGAAAAAACAGCUACAUUUUCCGUCCAACUGGAAGGGUGUAAUUAUGCUACAUGUUUGCCCAAAUGAGGGUAUCUGGUCUUUUGCUUUCUAUAGUUUUAUUAAAGUUGUAAAUUCCUGAAACAAGGGAAUUACUUUCCCUGUGGUUUCCUUCAAACCCUUGGCUCCACCUAGUGGUUGUAAUUGUUCAGGAUGCCUUCGUAGCUAGGCCGUCUCUGGUGUCAACAGCCUUGUUCUCUCUCUCUAGUUAUCAGGUUGAGUGUCCUUCCUCUCAAGCCCUGUUAGAGAAACUGCAUUUUUCAUGCAUUACCUGGAAAUAAAGAAUUUAGGGAAUUAAUGAGGGCAAUGUGUAGGUAUUAAGGGCUAACUUUUUUAUAAUUAGAAUACUAAAGAGAAGUUUAGAAUACAGAGGGUUUUCAAAUGUCUCCCAUUCUUUUGACUUCUCACUGGACUGGCUAUCUUAAUACUUCAAGUUGACAUAAAGGUAAGAUAAACCUUGAGAAGAACUACAGAGAAAUCAAGUGGGCGUUGUAUUUUUUCAGCCUUGCCUUCCCACAGGGAGCACUGACUUGCACCACACACAUAUUCUGUGACUUUUCAGCCUGGAAGGAGCCAGGGUAGGUUCGAGAGACCCUGGGCCGUUUCCCACACAUGCCUACACUUCUUCCUGAGCAGGCCGGGGGCGCAGGCCUUUCUAGGCUCAGGCCCUGACGGAGCAGCACAACACUGUCUGUGGCUUUAGUGCUCCACACGGUACCUGUUUGCACAUAGGCUCCGUUUCCUUUUAGUAUAAAUUUUGAGCUUGUAAAAUGAAGAAAACAAAACAAAAAUGCCAGGACAGAAAUAGGGAGUCAGGGUGGGGGCAUUUUGUUUCUUGAACACCUACUGUGUCCGAAACUGUACACAACACACUGAAAGAGCUCACAUCUCACACUACAUUAGGAAUUGUGUGUUAAAGUUCUCUAGAAUUUCCACAUCACUUUUGGUCUGUAUAGAAAAAUUCUGGACAUUAAAGUAGUAAAUACUCAUUAUAGAAAAUAGAGAAAAGUAUAAGAAUAACCAUUCACGAUCUCAACACCCAGAAAAACACUGUUUUAGCUUUAAAACUUUAGAAUGCAUAAGGUAGACCUCAGUUGCUGUUGGAAGUGAGGACGACGUGGAAACCAUGUGGGUAAAGCCACUGUUAAUCCCUGUUAUUCAAGACUGAUGUUAUACUGUUCCUCGUGGAAUUUGCUUUUUAGUUUUCUGUCCUGUGAUGUGUGUAUAAUUGAGUGUUAAUGUAUGUGGCUCAGCGUAAAAGAACAGCCAGUUUUAUGAUCUUUAAAAUUCCAUGGUUUGGACUAUCCUGGGCUCCCUUUAGCAUAAUCAUGUGCUCAGGCAAACACACGCAAGUGUCUGACUGGAAAGCUGAGGAAUUUUAAUCCUGUGCUGUUUCCCAGGGAGCUGUGCAGACUGGAAACCACUUUUGCACAAAACUAUUUUGCUGAAGGAAAGAAAGUUGGCACUUCUUGCUGGCUGCCUCCCCUUAGCCAUUGUGCUAAGCUGGUAGAUUUCACUGGUGGAGCUCUUGCCAAUUCUUAAUUGUAAAACAAAUUUUCCAGCAGCUGUACGGGACACCCCGAACCAGGGGCUUGACCCAGGACGUGUUGGACUGGACAUCACGUUUUCAGUGUCCUGACAACCCUAGAUGCACUGAAAGGUUAGGUUGUGCUUCCAACCACAAAGCAGCGAGGGCAUUACUAGCUUGGAAAGCCUGAAUUUCCCAUCUAGUUUAGGAGGUAGCACCAUCCUCCUUUUAAACUUCCUAGAAUUUAGGAAUUAAGUUGUUGAGAAUAUUCUAUAACCUUUGUGUCUUCAGGUACCUGUGUUCUUGCCACUCAGAAUAUUGCUAGGGACUUUCUUAAAAUUCACUUAAGUCUCAAGCUAAAAGGAAAUUUUGUCUCAUGUUCUGACAUGAAGUGGUAAACAUGGAAAUUAAUACUUUAACAGGGACUUGGCCCUGACAGAUUAGAGACCUGUUAGGUGUAACUUUCCUGUCAUAUCUGCUGCUGGUGCCAUCUCUGAGCUGAUGUAAACCUCAUCUUGU